CUAUGUCCGCCGUCUCUACCUCUCUCCCAAUUAAUUCCCCCCUUCUCUCCCCCAGAUGGUUUGAUUCCCUCUCUUCCCUCCCAUCCCUCACUCCCACUCCCACCCUUUGCCUUUCCUCCUCUUCCUCUUCCACCUCCUCUACUCCCCCCGUCCCCCGUACCCGCUAAUCUUCUUCCCUUCCCUCUCGUCUCUCGUCUCCCAUCCCUCCCUCCCUCCGUCUGUUUCAAUUCCUUUACCCAUUCCGCAUUCCCUCCCCCCAAUUCAUUCCCACUCCCACUCCUCGUCCGACUAGUUCCUUUCUUUACCUCUCCUCUACUCUAUACAUAGACCCAAUAAAUCCCAUCCCCCAUCCAUAAAUCCAUAAUCCAUAAACGCUCGCCCCCCCCCCCAAUACCCGCCGCCCCAACAACCACAUCAACUCAACACCCAUCUUCCACCACCUCACCACAACUCUCCAUCUUCAUCCUCUUUUCCACCCCCAACGCCUUCAUCACAACAGCCUCAUUCCAUCAAAAACACCAUCAUAAUCCAUCCAAACCGCCCUCAAAUCACCGCCCUUCAAUCCGCCCAGCUCGCAGCAAUCGACUCAUCGAUACAGACGACCGGAUUACCUUAGCACGCCGACGAUAUCUCGGCUUCGUUCGCCGUUUUUUUCGCAAAAAGGUGUCGUCGCGGAGUUGAAGCUAUUCACAUCUCUCUUUCGGCAACGUUUCGUUUGCCUGGUGGUCCUUUCUCCCACGCCGUACCCCCAUUUCGCCACCCCAACGAACAACAACGACUACGAAACUACGGAUCAUUAAUUUCUUUCCCCUUUCGGAUCUGCGCCCGUGAUUUCAAAUUUGAGGUCUUUCAUUUUUUGAAGUUCUUUAUUUUUGAGAGGUACUUCCUUCUUUUCGAUAUUUCUGUACCCGGCAAGCUCGCUCCAACGAAGCUCUCUCUCUCUUACCUCCAACGCCAACGCCAACCCCUUCUUGGGUCUGUUUGAUCUGCUUCUUAUAUGCCGGCAUAACAGAUCAUCAUCUCCAUCUCCAUACAUCCAAACCCGGAAAUCGCGUUUUAUAACUCGACUUCUCGCCUUUUCCCCAUCCCAUCAUCAUCCAUCUCAUCUCCCCCCAGACCCAAAAUGUCUGGUGUUGAUGGUCCCUCCAACAACGGAAUAUCUCGUUACAGCUCAUCCCCGGAACUGUCGAGUCCGCCGCCGUGCUCCCCAUCCGAUCCGGGGUCACCUGCCGCUCGCCAACUGCUGAGGGAUCAACGCGACGCUCAGGAUUCCAACAUCGUCGGUUCUGGUGGUGGUGUUGUCGACGAACGCGCAUCACUACCUUCCGCUCCACCUGCCCGAAAAAAGCCAGGCCGCAAGCCAAAGGUUCCCAUCGUCGCCGAUGGGGCCUCGGCAACUAGCACCGACACCAAACCCAAGCGCACGCGCAAGCCACGAGAGGCCAAAGACCCCAACGCCGCUCCCGUCCCGCGCAAGAAGAGAGUAACUGCCUCGAAUAAUACGACGGCGACACAGGAUGCCGAUGAGGAUAAUAAUAACACCACCACCACCGCAGCAAGACCAGCACACGCUGCGACACGACAGUCCAAGCUGACCGACAUGAACAUGCGACCGGCGGCCAACGAGCCGGGGUACAGGAUCCUAAACGAGCCGUUCCAGCCGCAGGCGCAGCAACAGCAGCAGUACAACGCCGCUGCCGCCGCCGCCACCGCUGCCGCAGCAGGACCCCAAAACGGCAAGUUUGAGGAUAUUCAGAAGUCCACGCCUGUCUCGUUCUUUAACUCCGCGCCGCCACCACAACCUCAACCUCAGCCGUCGCAACAACCACAACAGUCGCAGCCGAUGAGGUCGAGCGGCCAGAACUACGACCCGAUCCGCUCAAACUACGAUCCGGUGCGCGAGAACGUGCCGAGCCAUAACCCAUACCACGCGCAGAUGUCGCCCAAGCCCGCGCCGUCGAAUCGCGCCAGCGCGUCGCCUUCUAUUGCGAGUCUGGUCGAUCCACCACACCAGGCUUCGACGUCGCCGUCUAUGGCUGCGCAGUCGUUCUUCCAGCACCAGAUGAAGAUGCAUACCUCUGUCCCGCCGUCGCCGACUUCCAAUCGCGUCGUUCCUUCGCCUACUCUCAACCCUUCUACUGGGCCUUCGCCAUCGUCUGGUGUUCAAUCCGCUACUCGCUCUCGCCAGGAAGAGGCGAAACCAUACGUCCGCGCCCCUGCGCCACCGCCGUCAUUCACACCAAACCCGGCGCAGAUAACAUCCAUUUCCAAACCCGUCUCCACCAUCACCGCCGCCCCCAAACCCUCCAAACCCAUCGACGCCACACCUCCCCCUCUCCCAGGACAAGGAAACAGCUUCUUCAAUGCCCCUAAAGACGGGACGGAGUCGAGAGCUCCUACGAUCGUGCUGCACAUCCCGCUGAACGGUGGAUCGAAUAAAUACAUCAACUUCACUCGUCUCGCCGAGGAGCGGUACGGAUGGGAUGCUCUCCACCCCCGGUUGGCGGCGCAGCGUGAACGUCUCGCGCGCGUCGCUGCCGCGGGUGCCGCGCUGGAGAAGUCAGGACAUAAGGAGAGCGGCGAUGAGAUGUCCCUCGACAUGUCGGACAACGAGGGCGACAACUCCAACGUCGAGAUGGGCGGCGUGAGCGAUGGCCGGACCGGCACUGAUGCGGGGAAGAAGGUCGUGAAGAAGCGCAAGAUGAAGGAGGAUGAUUAUGAUAAGGAGGAUGAUUUCGUGGAUGAUUCGGAUCUCCUGUGGGAGGAGCAGGCGGCGGCGUCGGUGGAUGGGUUUUUUGUCUACUCGGGCCCUCUUGUGCCGGAUGGGGAGAAACCGACGCUUGAGCGUGGGGAGGGGGGGAAGAGGGGGAGGGGAGGAUCCCGCGGACGGGGGGGUGCGAGGGUUGCGAGUGGGACACGUGGUGGCCAUGCUGGUGCUGCGGGGAAGGAGGGGGGGAAAGAUGGAGGGGGGAAGGAGGGGAAGGAAACUAGGGGGGGAGGGGCGACGAGGAAACCGAGGGUUACGAAGGCGGAUAGGGCGAGGAGGGAUGCGGAGAAGGUGGAGAGGGAGAGGAUGGGUGUUCUGGCUGCGAGGGGGGGGUAUGGAGGGGUGGGAGGGGGGCAUCAUUUGGGGGGGACGCCUAUGGUUUUUGAGACUGGUGCUGCGUGA